GGGAAUCUGUAGUUCGACGUUGUGGACAUAUUUGAUUUAUCUUCUCUCUUCCAUCCAAACACCAACAGAAUUUGUUUAUCAUCGUCCUCGGUUAGAUUUUUUUCCCCCCACAAAUAACAUCUGCUCGACAGAUUUUUUUUUGUCGAAGACCACAGACAGCACCAUGGCCUCCAAAAUAAACGAAGCCCAUGAACACAUCGCUAAAGCGGAGAAAAAUUUAAAGACAAGCAUGACAAAGUGGAAGCCAGAUUUUGACAGUGCUGCAUCAGAAUAUGCCAAAGCUGCGGUGUGCUUCAAGAAUGCCAAACAGUUUGAGCAGGCUAAGGAUGCCUACCUGAAGGAGGCAGAGUACCACACAGAAAAUAAAGCCUUGUUUCAUGCAGCAAAAGCAAUCGAACAAGCAGGUAUGAUGAUGAAGGACUUGAAGAAGAUGCCUGAGGCGAUCCAGUACAUAGAAAAAGCCAGUAUGAUCUACGUAGAGAACGGUACUCCAGACACCGCUGCUAUGGCUCUGGACAGAGCCGGGAAACUUAUCGAGCCUGUGAGUUUAGAGAAAGCUGUGGACCUGUAUCAGCAGGCUGCCGGUGUGUUUGAGAAUGAGGACCGCCUACGUCAGUCAGCUGAGCUCCUGGGGAAAGCUUCCAGACUGUUGGUCAGAUUACGCAGACUGGAUGAAGCAGCAACCGCCCUUCAAAAAGAGAAGAACAUGUAUAAAGAUAUAGAGAAUUAUCCCACUUGCUUUAAGAAAACAACAGCACAGGUGUUGGUUCAUCUUCACAGAAAUGACUUUGUGGCUGCAGACAAGUGUGUCAGAGAGAGCUACAGCCUCCCAGGGUACAGUGGGAGUGAAGACUGCGUGGCCAUGGAGACGUUGCUGCAGGGAUAUGACGAGCAGGACGAGGACCAGGUGCACCGCGUGUGUCACUCCGCUCUGCUGAAGUACAUGGACAAUGACUAUGCCAAGCUGGCCAUCUCCCUGAAGGUUCCUGGAGGAGGAGCGAAGAAGAAGACUGCAAAGCCGCCACAGGGGGGCGCCGGCGCGCCUGCUGCUUCCGCCGAGGACGACGACGACUACGAGGGAGGGCUGUGUUAGCCGCAGAAAACACUGACCGCUAUAUACACACAAUGCUAAACACACCAGGAAGUCCUGCUCAUUGAGGUGAAACUCUCAGAAUAUGUUGCUCCCCCCUGAACUAGACCCCAAUAUGUUACUCCCCCUGAAC